AUGGGAGACAGAUCAACACUAGCAAAGGCAAAAAAAGAACUUGAAGAAUUGUAUUUAGGAGUCCCUGAUGAAUCUGUGAAUCUAACUUUUCAAGAUCUUGCUGAAGUUCGACAACUCCAUUCAGAAAAUAAAAAAUCCACCCUCCCAAUGGAUCCCAUUUCCGAAUCCCGUAACACCCCGAAAACUAAUGCUGUACCAGCAAAUUCACCAUCUCAUUUAACCAAAAUUCCUAGCCUGGAUUUCAACAGAGCCCUCGAAGCUUCAUCCAAGCAACAAAAUCAUCAUCGUUCACCACACCAUGUCGUUGUGCGAGAUAAUCACGUCCAUGUGCCGAGCCACCAUCGUCCGGACGAGGGCCUGGGACAUGACUUAUAUUCUCAUGGUGAAACUCCUCUUAGGCAUGCAGGAGAGAGAAGUGUGUUUUACGAUGAUGUGAGUCAAGUGAGUGGCUAUAGUGUGUCUUCUAUGAACCCUUAUCAUGAAAGAGGAGGAAGAAGAAGAGCUGGGAUUCCUCACUCCAAUAUCUGCACUGUUUGUUCAACUUAUAUCUAUUUUUUCCGAAAUCGUUGUCUGGUCUGUGGAAGAGUUUAUUGCAGGCAAUGUGUGAACAUUGGCAUGGGAGAGAUGGCAGAAGGUAGAAAGUGCAUAGAAUGCUUAGGUAGAAGAUUUAGCCAAAGGUACAUACAAAGGGCAGGAAAUGUGGGGUGCUGCAUGGGAUUUCCAUCUAAGGUGAAACAACAAGAGCUCAAGUGGGCGGAGAAAGGGCCGAGAAGGAGCGGAGAAAAUCGAUAUGGCGGUGGAGGCCGUAGUGGGAUGGUGUCGACAUCGAGAGGUCCGAUGACCCCAAGAACGCCCACUAGAGCACAUUCGCCUAGCACUCCCCCUUCAUUUGUCAUGGGCUCGCCUUAUUCUCCCUAUUCGGCUACCACCCACCAUGCCUUGCCUUUCUAG